AUGAAAGAUGACUAUAUUAAGUUCCUAAGCGAAUACGAGGAAUUAGGCCAUAUGACCAGGACAGAAGGAACUUCCCGUGAAGAGGGAUAUUAUUUGCCUCAUCAUGCGGUAGUUAAACAGACGAGUCUUACCACCAAGUUAAGAGUAGUUUUUGACGCGUCGGCGAAAACAACCAACGGGAAAUCGUUAAAUAAUGUACUAAUGGUUGGUCCAACAAUACUGGACGAUCUUUUCAUGCUUUUAAUAAGGUUCAGAUCACGCGCUAUCGCGAUAACCGCGGACAUCGCAAAAAUGUACCAUCAAAUUAUAAUGGACCCACGCGAUCGCGAAUACCAAAGGAUUCUUUGGCGUCCGAAUAGGCACGAGCCCGUGAGAACUUAUAAAUUAAACACAGUAACUUAUGGAACCGCUUCCGCGUCAUUCUUAGCAGCCAGAACACUACAUAAGCUCGCAAGCGAUGAAUUUCGGCAAUAUCCACAAACCUCCGUCGUUCUUAAGGAGGAUUUUAUGUGGACGACCUACUAA